CGCCUUUGCACCGGUCUCUUCCUCCUCUGACUGACCUUCCGCUACCCAACACAUCAUGGACAAGGCAGAUCUCGAGACGUAUCAAGCUCAGCUUGACCAGGUCGAACUGGCCCUGCAGUCGGACCCGUCGAACACCGAGCUCUCGUCGCUCAAGGCCGAGCUGCAGGAGCUGAUCGAGCUCACGAAGGCCGCGAUCGCGCAGCAAGAGGUCGCCGCGUCGUCGUCAAAGGCAGAGACGUCGCGCAAGGCGGCGCAUGCGGCAGCGGCGGCCGCGCAGACGAAGGCGUUCGUCGCGGGCGAUGACUGCCUGGCCAAGUACUCGGGCGACGGGCAGUGGUACCCGGCGCGGGUCGCCUCCGUGGGCGGGUCUGCGGAGAACAGGCAGUACAGCGUCGUCUUCAAGGGCUACAACACGACCGAGCUCGUGAACGCGGCGCAGAUCAAGCCCGUGCCGCCCGGGUACGUCGCGCCCGCGCCUUCGGCGGCGGGCAAGCGGAAGCUGACGGUGGCGGAGGAGGAGGAGCGCGAGCGGAAGAAGAAGAAGAACGAGAAGAAGCUCGAGGUGAAGGCGCAGAAGGCCAAGGAGCAGACGGAGAAGCAGCAGACGUGGCAGAAGUUUGCGAAGAAGAGCGAGAAGAAAGGCAUCCACAUCGCGGGGGUGGCGGGUACGAGCAUCUUCAAGACACCGGAGAACCCGCUUGGCAAAGUCGGUGUCACGGGCAGUGGCAAGGGCAUGACGGAGGUCAAGUUGCCCGGCAAGCACAAGUUCGACCCGAGCCUAGACCAAGACGCCUGAAAGGGCGAUAUUCUUGAUAUUUAACUAUACGUUUCUGCUUUCUGUACCCUUUAUCCGCGGAUAAUAACUCCAUGCUCUGGAAGGCUGCAGGUGUCUGUCCGACCACAUUUCAAGAUCAUUGGCCGCUUUGCGGAAGGACGCCCAAACAAGCUAAGCCCACUCAUGACUUCUCCCGUCGGUACUGUGUGACCCUCAAAAAUGCUUCUUCUCCCGGACACCUACCCCAGAUGUUCUCGUCGCGACGCUCGCCGGUGGCAUGCCAAGUACUAUCGCCGUAUGUUGUAAAGCGUAUUUAGAUUGACUCAAAGACUGACUGGC